AGAGGUGUAUGCAAGGGGGAGGAGCACGGAAAGGAGGAGACCAGAAAAGAAGGAAGAAGGUAGAGGGAAGCUGGAGUUCCCAAGCCAGAGAGAGAGAGAAAGAGAGACAGAGGCAGAAGCGGCAGAGGCAGAGGCGGCAAAGGCAGAGGCAAAGGCACAGGCAAGGCACAGGCAGAGACUGAGGCUGAGGGAGGCCGGAGAGUGGGGAGGCGUGGAGGGAAAAGGGCAGCCGGGCGGUGGGCAAGCAGAGCAAGGCCGAGGGUCCGUGGCCAUGGCCUCUAUGGCGGCGGCGAUUGCAGCGUCCCGCACGGCAGUCAUGAACGGGAACCGGCCGCUGGACGACAAGGAGCGGAAGCGCUUUACCUACUUCUCCUCGCUGAGCCCCAUGGCCAGGAAGAUCAUGCAAGACAAGGAAAAGAUUCGCGAGAAGUACGGGCCCGAAUGGGAGCGGCUGCCCCCCAAGCAGCAGGACGAGAUCAUCGACAAGUGCAUGGUGGAGCCCCACAUCCAGGCCCGCUACGCCGCACACCGCGCCGCUGGGGCCUCCAAGGACCAGACCCCUUCCUGCUACCCCAACCUGCGGGUGCCCACGGGCCAGAAGGUCGUGCACUUCGGAGACGAGGAUAUAACUUGGCAGGAUGAACACUCUGCCCCUUUCUCCUGGGAAACAAGGAGUCAGAUGGAUUUCAGCAUUGCAUCUUUGUCCAUCCAAGAGCCAAGUGGCACAAUCCAGAAUGAAUCAAGGCAACUCUCCAAAGUCCCUCAGGGUGCCCAGGUCCCCAAAUCCUCUCAGGGAAACAAAACAGCAAGCAUGGACGGCCUAGGGUCCAUGUGGAAGGAGGAAGAAUCCUCUUUCUGGAAGAUAAAUGCAGAGCGCUCCCGAGUGGAAGGACUAGAGUCGGAUUUCCAGUCACUGACUCCUAGCCAGAUUAAGUCCAUGGAGAAAGGAGAAAAGGUACCCCCAGGCCAUUACCGUCAAGAAUCUGUCCCGAAAGACAGAGAAGUGGCCAAAGGAGAAAGACCCAGUGGCCCUUGGCAAGAGAAAUUUGCGUUCUCCAACACAAGUUCUGAAAAGGAAAAGGUCAGAUCUGGCCAGUCUUCAGUCGGCUUGCUGGAUGAUGGCUUCCUCUAUGAGCCUGUGAAGCUAUCUUUAUCUGGCACAAAAAUAGAAGACACAGAAGAUGCUUUAAUCUCUGAGUCCAAGUCCACACAGCUCAAUACAAGUAAUGUCAUCUUAAAGACGGGAUUUGAUUUUCUGGACAACUGGUAAAUGAAACAAAACCAAGAGCCCCAAAACUUUUUUUCCCCAAAGCAUUAUGCUGGAGAAGAAAGAUAAAGAAAAGGGCAACAUCUCCCCCGCCCCUCCCCUCUGCCAUGUCUUUCAAUUUUCCUACCUUUUGCAUACUUUUUUCUUAAUAAUUUGAAACUAUUCAAUGUUGCCUUGUCUAGAUGGUUGCCAUUUGUUAUAAGAUCAGGCACAUUUCUAUUUUAUUUUAUUUUAUUUUUGGUGAUCAGUAAUGACAAUUUUUAAUUUAAUUUUUUUUAAAGCUUGCUACAAGCUAUUUAAAUAUGAUAGGGGCAUCUUCUGUUGCAAGCCCCACCAAAUUCAAUUCUCACCCUUAUCCUCUCCCCCCAAAAAAAACCCAAACUUAUUUGUGAAUAUUUGAUGUAGAAAAAACUACAAAAACAGACUGUCUUCUAUAAAUUCUUUUUAUUUAAAAGAUCAACUUUUUUCUUUAUAAUGGUUUCCUUGGCUAAAAAGGCUCUGACAUUUCAGCAGCAAUCAUGUCAAGAUUUACCUCUUUAAAUAAUUCACCAGACACUGCCAACCUGUGCAAGUGGGCUAGUCCUCAAUUGACAGUUCCCACAUUGGUACUGGCCUUGAUCCUCCUGUCAAUCCUAGAAACCAGUGUAUUGCUAGAAGUCAAAGAAAAUAAGGUUGUUAUCAUGCUGCCCUAAUAGAGAUCAAUACCAUGGCUAUUUGGUUUUUUAAUUGCAUGCUUAAAAUUUUGUAUUAACUUUGUAUUAUUUGAUAUCUAGUUUAGAGACUGUCUCAGAACUACACUUUACUUGAGUUUUGUACCAGUUUCUUCUUUGAAGAGCUUUGUUCCUUAUGUAUCCCUGGUGAUUCUUAUCUAGAUGGGAAUGUGGAAACUAUGUCAGUCAUUGUUGGAUAAAUGGCUAUUGUGAUUGAUUGUCCUAAAACCCAGUAGGACACUGGUUGGUGAACCAAGUUUCUUGUUCUAAAAGAUUCAGACUGUUUCUGCCCAUAAAUAGCCAACCUUGCUAUGUGUUCCUCCCAGAAUACACCAGGCCUUUCCCCACCAUCAGCAGAAAUGGAGGUGUAAUGUCACCACUAACCUAUCUAUCCUGGAGAACUUUAGAAUUCUGAUGUGAUAGCAGGGGACCUUCCUAGAACUGAAACUGUCUUCACAGGACUUUCCUUGCUUAUUGUAUAACCACUAACUUUUGAUGGAGAACUCCAGUCCUUUUCAGUCAGCUUACUGCAUUAGAUAUGAUUCACAUAGAAGGGGACAUAGACAUAGAUACUUCUCUGUAAACUGCAACUGUGUCAUGGCCUCUGGCAUCUCCUGUCCCCAUGCAGGUGUGUUGGGACAAAUUCUAAUGCAGCAUGAUUUACACACUGCCUCUCACUGUGUCCUCCUCACCUGAAGCCUUAAUUUCCCUGAGCCUUUGCCAGUGAAUGCUUGGUUCCGGUAUCAGAACGUGUGUGUGUUAGAAUUUGAGAAGGGGAAAAGGUUGGUCUUUUUGUUUGUUUAUAGGACUUCAUUAAAUUGUUCCCAGAAUGUUUUCCCCCCCUUCUCUCCAAAGACAAAUGGCAACUACUUUACUUUUUAAAGAAAAGUCUCUGCCAAAGUGGUAUCCUGGCCAACUGUUGGGGUAGACACAGCCAAUGGCUUCAAGUCUGUGAACCACACUUGGGCCCCUAGGGACUUGGCAUUUUAAGCUUCUCACUGUGUCAGAGGGGAGGAAUAGAGCUGGCAAAUAUAGGUUCUUUCUGCAUUAAGUAUAGUUGAUCUUUAAAAGGAAAAAAAAAAACUAAUUCUUUUAGCUUUCUGAGUUACUGGGGUGGGGGGGGGGAGCAGUCUUCAAAAUUCCUGAGCUAGGGUCUUUUUUUAGCCAAAUAUGCUUGAUAGAGCAUCAAUAAAGUGAUGAUGUAAACUUCACUGUUGACCAUCUGGUCCCAUUUUUCACAAUGGGAGAUCCUCAAAGCCUGACUGAAAAGCUAGCCUCUCCUAUCUCAGCAAGAAACUGAGGCUGGUUUAUAAUGAGCUAGAAAGUAAAUGUAAAAAAAAAAAAAAAAGACAUUGAUUUAAGCUUGCUUUGAAUUAAACCUCUUGAGGGUCCCUGAUAUAAGAAUUUGUUUUAUUUUGGAUAGGUAACUACUAUUUUGUCCAAGUCAGCUAUUUCCCUAAGGGGGAGGGGGAAAGGGGUGGCUCCUAAAGCUCUGAUAUUAAACUGUCUUCAUCCUAUCUAGUGUUCAAUCUAGGGUUAGGUUUCCACUAAUUUGCAACUUAGUAAAAGUAUUAUGCUUAAAAAAUUCUUAAUAGUACAAUCCCUUGAGGUUAAUUUUUUAAAAGUUGAAGGAAACCAGAGAGAGAUUACUGAAGUUUUUAUUGGUUAAGAGGUAGCAAGGUAUAGUAGAAUGGUCAGUCAGUUGGCCAUGAGCAAACAUGUGUAAAAUGGGCUUAUAAUGCUGCUUCUUGUCCAUCUCACAGAGUUGUUAGGACAAAAAAGGAAGGAAAAAAGAAAGGGAAAAAGCCUUAUACAUAAAGUUCUUUAUAAGCAGCAAAAAUACUAUUUCAUUGCAAAACACUAUUAAUAAUUUUUUACCUGCUUUGGACAUGUAUUGUGAAGGAAUAGUGGAAGGCUUAACAAGAUUCCUGUGGCUUUCCAGUAUUCACCAAUCAUGUCAAAUAUCAGGGAGUUACAAGACACCUCAGGCCAUGUUCUUUAUUAAACAUAUAAUAUGAAUCGCUAAGAUAUUGUUGGUUUUUUAACUCUUUGAACUAAACUCCAGUGCAUAGGGAAUGUCUUUACACUUUUCCUAUGAUAGUCAUUGAUGUUCCACUCCCAAAGAAAAGAAAAUUUGAGACUUGGGUUUGCAUGUGUUUUUCCUCAGAGUGGGACAUCAAAACAGACGUUUUUAUUUAAAAUAAACUUUUCCACUGCAGAGUGUACAGCUAGAAUUCCUCCCUGCAUUCUGUACCCUUGGGAUUCAACUUAAGAAUUUUGAGUGAAGCGUCUUUUUAAUUCCCUCAAGCAGGUUGGAAAGCUGUGACCAUUCUCAAAAUGGCAUGGUUUCCCCUAUCUUCCCUUUUCCCCACCACUGCCCUACUAUAGAUUUCUCCCUUUGGAAUGCUGGGAGUCCUGGAUAGUUUGGGAGCAGCUGGUAAAGCAUGUGGCAGUCUUGUCGGUCACUCUCGGUGGCUUCCUAGCCUCCAUCCUGACAGCACAACCUAAGGCUUUGUGGUUUGAUGCUCUUUGAUACGCAUUUUCAAAAAGACAAAUUCUUACUGACAACUUGUACUUGGUCAUAUUUUAUAUGAAUAACCUUUAAUAAAGUCAUUUUAAAUAGA